GCGAGGGCCGCGGCGGUAUAUAAGAGGCGUACCUGCGGCGGCCGCGCACAGUUCGCCCGGACUCUCGUUGCGAGCGCCCACAGACGCCCUUUGACCUGCGGUUGCCGCCGUUUGCAGUUCUUGCUCCGCCGAACACGACGAUGAAGCUGCUGGUGUGCCUGCUGGUGGUCGGUGCCGUGGUGCGCGCCGCCGACGAGAAGAAGGCCGAGGACACCGGCGACCGCCCCAAGGUGUUCCGCCGCCUCAUCCCCGCCGACGUGCUACGUGGUAAGUGCUGCGCAAUGGCACACUUCUUCGCUCCUCCUCGCACCUCUUUGCUCCUCCUCACACCUCCUCGCUCCUCCUCGUUCCUCCUUGCACCUCAUGGCACCUCAUCGCUCCUCCUCGUACCUCCUCGCACCUCAUCGCUCCUCCUCGCUCCUCCUUGCACCUCCUCGCACCUCAUCGCUCCUCCUCGCACCCCUUCGCUCCUCCACGCUCCUCCUCGCUCCUCCUUGUACCUCCUCGCACCUCCUCGUACCUCCUCGAACAUCCUCGCACCUCAUCGCUCCUCCUCGCACCUCAUCGCUUCUCCUCGUACCUCCUCGUACCUCCUCGCACCUCAUCGCACCUCAUCGCUCCUCCUCGCUCCUCCUCGUACCUCCUCGUACCUCCUCGCACCUCCUCGUACCUCCUCGCACCUCCUCGCUCCUCCUUGCACCUCCUCGCACCUCAUCGCUCCUCCUCGCACCCCCUCGCUCCACCACGCUCCUCCUCGUACCUCCUCGUACCUCCUCGCACCUCAUCGCUCCUCCUCGCACCCCCUCGCUCCACCACGCUCCUCCUCGUACCUCCUCGCACCUGCUCGCACCUCAUCGUACCUUAUCGCUCCUCCUCGCACCCCCUCGCUCCACCACGCUCCUCCUCGUACCUCCUCGCACCUCAUCGCUCCUCCUCGCACCCCCUCGCUCCACCACGCUCCUCCUCGUACCUCCUCGCACCUCCUCGCACCUCAUCGCACCUCAUCGCUCCUCCUCGUACCUCCUCGCACCUCCUCGUACCUCCUCGCACCUCCUCGCACCUCCUCGCACCUCAUCGCUCCUCCUCGCUCCUCCUCUCUCCUCCUUGCACCUCCUCGCACCUCCUCGUACCUCAUCGCUCCUCCUCGCACCCCCUCGCUCCACCACGCUCCUCCUCGCUCUUCCUCACACGCCAUUUUGACUUUUUCUUUUUUUGUCAUUGCUGUUUUAAAAUUAUAUUUCUAAGAUUCGAAUUCGAUAACUCACCUAAAUUUUUUUGUUGCUAUGAAAUUGGUUUUUCUUUUUAUUCAUUGUUUUUACUACGCACGAUGGUCGUGAUAUUAAGAUGAUUGACUAAUGAUCUGAAGGUUGUGUGUUCGAACCUCCACUAGGUCACUGAGAAUAUAGGAAAUAAUUACUUUAUAAUAUAAGAUGAUGUAAAAAUAUCCUCAUUUUACAUAGUUAAAUAACAGCUAUAAACUACAAAAUUUAAGUAUUUUUAUAAAUAGUACAAAUAAACAUGUAAAAUGUUAUUGGAAAUUCAGAAAAUUGUGCAGUAAUAUUAAGUGAAAAUUGUGGUAAAUUACAGAUGCGUGCAUUUGUAAGUUUAUACAACAUAAAGUAAAAAUACAACAACAGCUACGUUGUAUUUGAAAAACGAUAGCAAUUCCAAUUUUACACUAAAUGUAUGUGGCUGCAGAGUCCCCGCCGAUAUUAGUGUAAUUUUUACAUCUAUACGUGUUGGUGUAUUUGUACUCGUGUGUUAAAGCAAAAAUACACCGACAUGUGCAUAUUUAAAUUAACUCUAUCUUCGGAGGAUACUCUGCUGCCACAUAAAUUUUGUGUAAAAUUAAACUUUUUUUUAAAACAGAGAAUGGUUUAUAAUUUUGAUCCCUUGCGCAAUGUUUUACAAAUUGAAAUUACCUUUCGUUUAAUAACUGCUAAGAAAAUUUGAGACCAAACUUAAAAUGCAAGAGCGAUAUCGUAAUAAAUUUGGAGAUAUUGCAGUAAAAUAAUAGAAAUGAUAAGGAAAUGAAAUAACUUUUACGGCUAGUGAGAGUGAGUUUUAAUAUAGAGAGAGAAGUUAUAAGGUUUGGAGGUCCUACUUAUGGCCACCGCCCAUAAUUAAUUUUGCAGGGAAUAUUAUUUUUAGAAUUUUCUGCUAAAUAUUCAUAAUAGCGCUGAAUUUUUUUUUCCACUAAAUGUUUUUAGCUUAGCAGUUCUCAACAGUACUAAACAAUAAUCUACGUAUCUUUCUGUCAGAGUAUUUCUGUCAACAAUGACUGAUAAACAACUUCAUAUGGUUUCUAGUGUACGUAAAAAAAGGAUCGUGUAUUGCUUUGCGAUUGACAGUUAGGAAUUGGGUACCACUGGUUCUACUUUUGAGGACUCUACAAUUUCAGACUUUUUAUAUGACACAUAACUUAAAUUCUAAGACAAACAACACAAAAGUAAUAUAUUUGCAGUGCGAUAGCCGAAACCAAAAUCUAAGCCUAUAUUUGUACCACUUCGGUAAGGGACAUAUCACCACAUCCUGCCCCAUGGGUACACCACAGGUCAGGUACCAUACAACUGAAUGGCCACAAGCUAUUUAUUAUGUACACAGAGAAUUAUUAAUUAUCACAAAUAGGCGUUCCCUUUUAUCUUUUGAAAUUAUCAGUGUUUAUUAUUCCCAACAAUACACAUAAGUGAAAAAAUCUAAACUUUCGUAAAAGUAAAUAUAUUAAUAGCGAAUAGGGUACACACCAAAACGUUUUUUUCUUGUUUAUUAACAACCCCGCUUUCUCCCAUUAGGCUAAACGAAUGAUGGUGUGGUGGAUGGGGUAAAGGGGUGGUAGGGAAAAGCCAUUUAAAAUAUAGCUUUCAACACUUUAUCAGAGACGCUGGUUUACGAAAAGCAUUAAAAGAACUGCCACCGUCUGUUUCCGCGCAAUGAAAAAUUAUUUUGGUCAUUGCCACAAAAUAUUUUGUAAGUACUCACCCUACAAUAUAUUUUUAGUGGGGACACAAUAAAAAUAUUUUUCUUUAAACAGAAAAUUGGUUAUUAAUGACCAUAAAAUUGCUGUCUUUUUUAUUUUAGUAAGUAAUCAUUGAAAUAUAUUUAGUAAUCAGUGAAAUCUAUUUGAUAGAGUAAAACAUCAAAACGAACGUAAAAGAAAAUAUUUAUGUAAAUCCUAGCACGUAGUGAACGUAUGAAAUCAUGGGGUAAACAGUUGUGGAUUAACCGUUCGUAUGUAGCCUUCACUUUCAAAACCCUUUUUUUUUUUAGAGUGAAUUUCAUUCAUAAAUUAAAAUAUUAAAAUAUUACAGACGUUUGGGGAAACCUAAUUUUUAUUGAUUUAACGAAUGGCAUACUGAAACUAAAGAGUUUUAAGACGAAGUCUACGCACGAACGGUUAAUAUAAACCUGCAUACCACAUGAUUUGACUAAAUAAAACACGCAUUUAGGUUGAUGGAAACGAUGAACAAAAGGUGUCCUGUCACUCUAAAAAAAAAAAAAAAAAAAUUGUACUUUUACAAGGGAAAUUCUCGGAAACCCUGUUGCCAAGGAUAUUUCUUGUAAA